AUUCAUUUGGUGUGGUGUUGCUGGAAGUGCUUUGUGGUCGGCGGCCUUUGGAUUUUGUGGUGUCUGGUCGGCAAAAGUGGUUGGUGUCGUGGGCGCAGCAAUGUAUCCGAGAAGGAGUUGCACACAGGGUUAUUGAUCGUGGUCUUAGGGGGAGAAUUGCGGAUGAUGGAUUGCGUAUCUUUCAGGAUAUUACUCUGCAAUGCUUGCAUGAACGCCCUGAUAAACGACCUACCAUGGCUGAAGUGGUGGCCAAGCUAGAAGCUGCUUUGAAAUCGCAAUUUACCACGUAUUCUUCUUCUUCGGAGGAUGAUGAGUUCAUAAAGAUAUUCUUUGGCCAAGUUUCCAAUUCAAGUUCUUAUUCAAACUCAGAUGCAGACUCACUUAGGCGCACAGUUGAGACAGGGUCGGGUAAGGGUGACACCACCAAACAUGAUCCCGACUCAGAGUCAAACACCACCGCUGUAAGGAGGUCUAAAUCCUCGUAUAAAUACAGCGGUUUAGAUGUACCUGGUGAACUCCACAGCAUUUCUGAAACAUCUAAUGGUGUUUCUGAGUUGGACAAACUGGCCAGGAGAAUGAACCCACCCAGUGUUGUGGUUGAUAAUGAAUCGUGCGAGAAUGCUACUGUCAUAGAGGUUAAUGGUGCUAGCACACUAGGAGUACUAUUAGAACUUUUACAAGUUUUGAUUGAUUUUGAUCUCAAAAUCACUAAAUUUUCCAGGACUAAUGAUGGAUCUUGGUUUAUGGAUGUUUUCUAUGUUAUUGGUCAUGGAGGGAACAAAAUCACAGAUGAAGACAAAAUACAGAGCAUAAAGGAGGCUCUUCACGUAUAUUUGAGCUCCACGCCAUCCAGAGGACGAAAGUGCAACGAGAGACCUAUUCCAUAUGGCCACACAACACUAGAGUUAAUAGGAAAUGAUAGACCCGGGUUAAUUUCAGAACUAAGUGCUAUAAUCAGUGAUUUACAGUGUAAUGUGGUGACUGCUGAAAUAUGGACCCACAACACUAGGCUGGCGGCUGUGAUGCAUGUCAGUGACAAACAGACCAAAUCUGCCAUUAUUGAACCAGAGAAGCUUUCCAAAAUCAAGAAAGUUCUGUUGAUUGUUCUUCAGGGAGGUCAUGAUAACAGGGAAGCAAUGAUUCGAGACUCUAAUGGGUGUACAUGGAUCGACAGAAAGCUUCAUCAAAUAAUGUCAGCUGAUAAAUAUUUUGAACCCGAACCAACCUUAAACGAUAAAAGAAGCCAUAAACUGGAUGUUGUUAGCUGGAAUGAUGAUAAUUACUCAGCAAUCAGUAUUUGGUGCAAACACACGCCUAAGGUUUUAUUUGAUACAAUUUGUACACUGACAGAACUCGGGUAUUUUGUUUUUCAUGGAAACUUUUAUGCUGAUGGGGCCAAAGCAUACCAAAUGGAAUUUUGGAUCAGACAUAUUGAUGGAUCACCCUUCAAAUCAGAUGCAGAGAGACAAAAAGUAAUAAAAUUUCUUGAAGCUGCGAUCGAGAGAAGAGUUUCCACGGGAUUAAAGAUAGAGAUACGUACAAAAGACAGAGUCGGGUUAUUAUCUGACGUGACUCGCAUCAUGCGUGAAAACAGCCUAAACAUCACACGAGCUGAAAUUGCAACAACAGGUGACAAAGCUGUGUUCUCCUUUCACUUGGAUGAUAACCUGGGAUAUCCGGUAGAUCCCAAGAUUAUAGAUUAUGUCAGGAAGGAAAUCGGGGAGAAUAUACUUCAAGUAAAAGGUAACCGUAAAGGUUUAUAUCAAGCCGUUGAGGAAUCAUUCACCCGGUCUUCAUUUAAAGAUGUUUUGAACACUUUUCUCAGUUGGUUGAGAUUCUCUGAACAUCAGGUGUCUUUCCUUCCAAGUUAGACCUAUAACAAUGCUACAUGUAAAUAGUCGCAUGUCUACUUCAGGAAUAUGAUGCAUAUAUGUUGCAUUUCUAGUAGUUUAAUUAAUUGUAAUCCACAUUCUUUGUGUACAUAACAUAUUAAGUAUCUCAGUUAUGCUAUC